AUGGCCGAGGUUGCUACCACCAGCGACUUCGACAUCUCCCCCGAGAACGUCCCUCUCCCUCGAAGCUCCAUGAUCACUGUUCGACUAUCUGAGGUCGAUUUACAACCAGUCACCGAGACUAUCCCAGAAGAUGAUGCUCCCCGAGAUCCAUCAGCUCCCCACAGCAGCCCUUCCUCUACCCGAUCCAGCCGAUCCUCCUCUUCAACAUCAGACAGUUCUACAUCGAUAGAUACUGUAGAUUGGGAGGAACUCGAUAAGACUGAAGAGCAGGAACCCAGGGAUGAUGCCACUGACGAAUCAACCACCCUCCUGUUGGCCCGUCUGGAAAAAGAAAAUGCAGCCUUGGCCAUAGACCCCAAGGCCAACAUCGUGGCACCAACAACCCGACCGCGAAAGAAUACUCGACCGAUGUCAGUCAUGCAAUUAAAGAAGAUGAUAGAUGGACCUCAGCGGCAGUCGAUGGAUGACCCACUACUCCCUGCCCUGCUGAUGAAGGAAGGCGAGUUUUGGGCCGUCCUCGUCCAAGAUUAUGCACAAACUGCCCAACGUCUACCUACUCUGACCACCAACAAGAUUCGUGGAGGUGUUCCUGUCUUCCUGCGCGGCGUGGUGUGGCCCAGUAUAGCCAGAGCCUGUGAUCCUCUCCUUCAUGCCGAGUAUCACAAGCUUGCCGACCAGCCAAGUCCAUACGACGCCUUGAUCGGUAAAGAUGUUGGGAGGAGCUUCCCCAAGGUCGAUAUGUUCCGAGAAAAAGAUGGUGAAGGUCAGAAAAUGCUAGGCCGGGUCCUGAAGGCCUUCAGUCUAUACGAUGAGAAGAUUGGCUACUGUCAAGGUCUCGGCUUUGUUGUCGGCCCUCUUCUCAUGUAUAUGAGUGAACCAGAGGCUUUCUCCAUUCUUGUCAAACUUAUGGAAGACUACGACCUUCGAUCCUGCUAUCUACCAGACCUAUCUGGACUUCAUCUACGAAUCUACCAGUUCCAACAGCUCCUGCAACGGCACCUACCUGAAUUGGCACAGCAUCUAGAGACCCUGAAGAUUGAGCCCCUCUAUGUCUCUCAGUGGUUCCUCUCCUUCUUCGCCGUCACUUGUCCAUUACCUAUGUUACUCCGGAUUUACGAUGUAAUAUUAUCUGAAGGUGCAACUGAGACUUUGAUGAGAGUGGCUCUAUCGUUAAUGCAACGAAACCAAAAGAAACUUAUUGCCUACACCGAGUUCGAGGAUGCCAUGCAAUUUCUACUAUCCAGGAGUCUAUGGGACACAUACGCUCAGCGGGCGGAUGACCUAGUAUCCGACUUUGUCUCCCUAACAGGCCUCGUGAGUCAGGAAUCUCUACAGUCGUUGGAAACCAGUUUCCGAAGCUCGCAAAAUCUAGCGACUACUGCACCGUCUUUGAAAAGUGCAGCAUCCUCCUUUUUGGGCAGAUUCUGGGCAGGCUCUUCUCAUAGCUCAUCGCGUUCAGCAAAUCUCAGCCUAUUGAUACCGGGCAAUACCAAGGGAAUGAGGAAGUCCUCCUCGGGAAAUAGCCUCACCUCGACAGUGAACUCAACCGAAACAUCUGCUUCAGAUGCCAGCACCAUUGCCACGGAUAUAUCAGAUGAUGCGCCUAGGAAGUCUACAUCAACCGGGGGGUUCACUGCCGAUAAUACCGGCCUUCCCGCACCUGCUUCGAGGGAUCGAGAUCUUCACCAUCAAAUUGAGGAACUACUCACGGAGCUUUCCAAAGUACAACGACAGCAUGUCGAACUCGCUCGCGAUCUUCAACGAGAACGUGAGGAGAGGGAGGAAGAUCGGCGCAUGGGAGAAGCUUUACUUUCCCGACUACAACAGCAGACGACCGAGAUCAAAGCUCUCGUUGGCGAAGAAGACACGACCGAGGCCGAUGCAGAGCUUGACGCGUUUAUUGAACAAGCUGGUGCACAACUGCUACGGCAAAGGUCCAAGCGGCUGUCAAUCGUUCAAUCAAAACAUCAACUACGCGAUGCAGUUGCUGAAUGGAAAGAUCGACAUGAAGCUGAGGUCAUAAAAUGCCAGGAGUUGAUGAAACAGCUUGACGACCGUGAGAGUGAACACACUUCGCUCAAGGAACAACUCCGUGAAGCUCGAAGUCGUAUACAAGAUGCACAUCGGGAUAAACAACGUCUGGAGAGAACCGUCUCAGACCUGAAAUCGAGGAGUUCAUCUAUGCCGGACUCGCCUGCCGAUCUGUAUACUCCUGUCAGUGAAUUUCCUGAUCUUCGACUCCCCGCUGCCAAGGCAGGACUUCGGGAGUUGAGAUUGGGGCGACCUGAGCAGAGCAGAUCAUCGAGUGUUGGCCCCUUUUCGAAGCGAUCGAGUAGUCUCAAUGCGCAAGCACUUCUUGCCACGGAGAAUCAUGAGCCAGUCGCCAAUGACGCACUCUUAUUGGAGCUUGUGAACUCGAAGACUUCUGAGGCGGUUGCUCGUCAAGAACUCGAGGAAACCAAAGCCAAACUCGAUGCGCUACGCAAGAUUCUUAGUGGUUCGUCAUCCUCACCUGCUCCCAGAGCUAGUCCCUUGGAAUCGCCAAGUCCUGUGGCCUCGAAUACGGCCAGUUCUGGGUCCAAGGAACCAACGAAGCCAGCUCAUACUGCAUCGGCCAGUACAGGAGGGUUUUUCAGUGGUUGGGGUAAACGUGGGACUUGA